CCUCCCUAUAAUGCAAGGCAACAUCCUUAUUUAUGCAAACUUCAUCUUGUGAAAUAUGAGAAUUCUUUGAUUAGCUAAUACUCAACCCCAAACAAUAAAGUUGGUGUAACCAUCAGUUGUAAAGAAAAUUUUCCUUCAAGUCUCCACUAGAAGAUUAAACAUUGUUGAAGUGAGUAAUUAACUCAUUGCAGAGUAUUAGUGUGAUCAACUGCCUUAUCAUUUUCACCUGAAGAUAUAUUUUUGCUAAAUUUCUGUGUUUGUCGAACCAUUUAAAAAUUUAUGAUCACAUAAUCUAGUAGAUGGAGCUAGACUUGCAAUCUUGUGCUCGACUGCUCAAUACUGUUAACAGCAACCAAUCUCUUCCAAAUGGGAAGCAACUCCACCUCGUUUUCCUCAAAAGGGGUAUCCUUAACUCUGCUCUAACAAUAGCCAAUCGCCUUCUUCAAAUGUACACUAGGUGUGGACAAAUGGCUGAUGCAGAGUUACUGUUCGAUGAAAUGUCUCAGAGAAACUGCUUCACUUGGAAUACCAUGAUUGAAGGGUAUAUGAAAUGGGGAAAGAUAAACAACUCUUUGGACUUGUUUCGUUUAAUGCCUUCCAAGAAUGAAUUUUCUUGGAAUGUGGUCAUUCUUGGUCUUGUUAAAGCAGAGGAGUUGGGUGUUGCUAGAAGUCUAUUGAGUGAAAUGCCACGGAAGAAUGAAGUAGUUUGGAAUGGACUUAUUCAUGGGUAUGCGAAAAUGGGAUUCCCUGGAGUGGCUUUAUGCUUGUUUAAGGAGUUUAUAGACUGGGAUUUUCGUGAGACGGGUGCUGCAUCACAUAUAGAUUCAUUUGUUUUGGCAACUGCAUUAGGAGCUUGUGCUAACGCAAGAAGUGUUGAUUUGGGGAAGCAAAUUCAUGCUCGUAUUAUAGUCGAUGAAGUUGAAGUUGAUUCUGUGUUGGCAAGUUCUUUAGUUAACAUGUAUGGAAAGGGUGGUGAUUUGGAUAAUGCGAGCUAUAUUUUGAAUAGAAUGCAGAAUCCUGAUAACUUUUCCUUGUCAGCACUAAUUUCAGCAUAUUCAAAAUGUGGUCGAAUGGAUGAUGCUAGAAAGAUAUUCAACCUGAUAACUGAUCCUUGUAUUGUAUUAUGGAACUCCAUGAUUUCUGGGUAUGUGUCAUGCUAUGAAGUGUUAGAAGCAUUAUUGCUUUUUGAGGAGAUGCUCAGAGAAGGAGUUAUAGGGGAUUCCUCUACAUUAGCUAGUGUAUUGAAUGCCUGUGCUAGUGCACAUGCCCUUAAAAAUUGUUUGCAAGUGCAUGUUUAUGGUUUUAAGCGUGGACUGUUGGAUGACCUUGUCGUUGCUAGUGCGCUCAUCGACACAUAUGCUAAAUGUGGAUGUCCUGAUGAAGCUUCCAAAGUUUUUAAUGAACUCAAAACACAUGAUACCAUCUUGCUAAAUUCUAUGAUUACCAUAUAUUUUAACUGCAACAGAAUUGAAGAUGCGAGGCAAUUAUUUGAGUCAAUGCCCUACAAGAGCUUAAUAUCUUGGAACUCUAUGAUAAUUGGUCUUAAUCAAAAUGGUUGUCCAGUUGAAGCACUGAAUCUUUUCUACAGGAUGAAUAGGAUGGAUUUUAGGAUGGACAAAUUUAGCUUUUCAAGUGUGAUCAGUGCCUGUGCAAGCAUUGCUUCAGUUGAACUUGGUGAACAGAUUUUUGCAAGAGCUGUUAUCAUCGGCAUUGAUUGUGAUCAAAUAAUUUCUACCUCCUUAAUUGAUUUCUAUUGCAAGUGUGGUUUUGUUAGUGAUGCCAGGAAGCUCUUUGACCAAAUGAUGAAAUCCGAUGAGGUUUCGUGGAAUUCUAUGUUGAUGGGUUAUGCUACAAAUGGUUACGGAAAUGAAGCUUUGAAUCUAUUCCACGAAAUGAGAAGUGCAGGUGUUUCGCCAACAAAUAUCACAUUUAUUGGUGUCUUAUCUGCCUGUGAUCAUUGUGGUUUACUAGAAGAGGGAAAAAGGUGGUUUUAUUCAAUGAAUUACGAUUACCACAUUGAUCCAGGGAUUGAACAUUACUCCUGUAUGGUAGAUCUUUAUGCACGAGCAGGAUGUCUUGAAGAAGCUGUGAACCUCAUCGAAAAGAUGCCAUUUGAUGCAGAUUCAAGCAUGUGGUUAUCCAUUUUGAGAGGAUGUGUAGCUCAUGGUAACAAGAUACUAGGACAGCUCGUGGCCCAACGCAUUAUAGAGCUUGAUCCUGAGAAUUCAGGUGCUUUCGUGCAGUUAUCAAACAUAUUUGCUACUUCUGAGGACUGGGAAAGAUCUGCUUUGGUCAGGAGGCUGAUGGUAGAAAAGAAAAUCCAUAAGAGUUCUGGUCGAAGCUGGAGUGAUAUGUAAGACAAAGUGCAGUACAGGUCUCCAGAUAAUUAUUGCAGCAGUGGGAGAAGAGGUUGGUAUAGUGAUGUUGUUCAUGGGGAUGAGAGGGGCUGAUCUGACCUCCUAUAGUAGCGACAACUCAAGUAAUUAUUCUUCCUGCGCCCUUCAAAGGAUGCUCACACUCAAGGGAUCUUUGAUGCAUGUUCUGUCAUAGCUAAAAACGUGAAUGAAUCAGAUUUUCGUGCCGUGGCUGACCUCAGAGAGAACUAUUACCUGGCUGGAAAUAUUUUUUUCCUGGGAAAAUGAAGGGGGUUUCCCCUUAGAAUUGAACCAGGAUAAAAAGGCCUUGCAAACGACCAGGAAUGAGCUGUUUGACGCUAAAUGCAGCUAAAAGUCAAACAGAUAUUCCAUGGCUAAUCUAGUUGAACAAGCAAAAGAUAUGCUCACCUCUGUCCUCCAAUAAAAUUUAUUUGAUGUUGCGAAACAAAAGUGAGAUGCUUGUCUUCAGGUUGUAUGAACCUGGGAUGAAUUUGCGGAAGCGCUGAACGAGAAGAUAUUGGUCUGGCUCCCUGGUGGAUUGUGAGGUGUUUUGCAGUUGAGGCAAGCCUGGCAUAGUGCUCGAUUCAUUUGAUGAACAUGUAGCGUUUGUUCAUGUGAUACUUAUCUUAGAUACGCUGACAAAGAUGCCUCACAAACAUAUACAAUACAGUCAGACAGACAAGAGGCAUUCCUCAGUUACUACAAUGAUGAUCCUUACUGCUCAUUUCCAUUUAUAGUUUGAUUUGAAAAUCUACCACCUGUGAAGACUGAAUCCAUAAACAAUUGUGUAAACCACCAUUCUGACAGGGUAGAAUGUAUACCUGCAGCUAGUAAAAUAUCUGAACCUCAGGCGUGUGGCAAAGUUUAACAGUCAAGAAAAUGUAUUACAGCGUAUGAACUUCCAUCUAACGGCAAAAAGGUAUGGUCUCAUAACUUAAGAGGUCACACAUCAGGGUAACUUGUAAUUUGAUUUACUAAAUUUCAAGGGGGACACUUUAGUAUUUGUAAAAUAACUGAAUUUGGGCCUAACUUCACAAAUUCAGGUCUGAAGUUAGGCUCAUGUCUAAAAUUAGGCUUUGGUGCAUUGGCAAGCCAACCAUUAAAUUCGAGAUUUUCAACUUCAGUCCUGCAAUUUUAAAGUUGAUUUUGAGGCAACUACAUACUUCGUAAAUUCUUAGCUGUGUUUUGAGUAGCAGUUAUAUGUGCACAUGUCCCAGCACCAACCUAUUAGACUUCCACCCAAAGACAACAUAAGGGGCUUUAUGAUAUUCUAUUUUAUGUUUAUUCACUAUAUUUUUUUAAGUUUUGAUGUCCAGACUUGUUGUAUCUCUAGGUUCUUGCUUUUAGAGCUAGCUAUAUUAAAAUCAAACUCUGAUGUCAAUUUUUAGAAUUUAUUAAUGUCCAAUGCAGUUAACUAAGGUUAAUAAUUAUUAAUAGGUAAUCACACUGAAAGAUGCUAGAGCCACUUUGUAAAAGGUAGAAAAGUUGGAAGGCACAUAUUAAUUUUAUGACUUAGUUUUGUCAUUUUCUGUACUAAGUUGGCUCUAAUGGGCAAACUCCAAGUUCUCUUUUUGAAUAAUUAAGUAACUGUAUAAAAAAUUAUACUAGAUAGUAUCUUUUAACUUUAAAAUUCUUAUGAAACUUCAGGGUGGAGAUGAGUGCUUUUGGACUUUCUUGUUUGUAUCAUUCCCUAGGUAAUUUUGAUUGCCUUUUGGGGGAUCUUUCAACAACUUUGCCCACCAAUAAUUCAAUCUUUGGUUUCUCUUCACUUAUGUUAAAUUUAAAUGUAAUAGUUUCUCUGAUUCUUGUUUUGUCUUCUAAGUUUUUGUGUACGUUCAUCUCUUAAGAAAGAUAUUUUCAACGACUAUUUGCUUAUACUGUCAUCUGUGUUUAUCUUAUACGUCUCACUUAAUAAACACUCUACUAAUUGGAGCAGUAAGGAUGAGUUUGAGAAAAAGUAAUGCUCUAAUUUAUUUCUUUAAAACGUAAAAUAUUUGAAACAAAUUCAGUUUGUCAAAAUGAGUCAUGCUUAGAACUAGUUCAUGUCCUUGAGACUGUAGAACUCCAACAGUGAUUUGCAACUAGGGCAAUAGAAAAGGAAUAUCAUAUAUAGAGCCCACUGCCCAAUAAAUCAACUUUGAGAGGAUCCCAGAUCAGUACCUAUAAAAGACCCUUUAGAAAAAAGCAUGAUAUAAUUAAAAUAAAGUACUUAAGAUAAUAAAUAAUUAUUAUCACCUAGGGAAUUUUUGUCUACUUCUUAACAUGCCAACCUGUACAUAUUUACAAUACCACUCACUAAAUUCAUAUAAAUUGUCAAACCUUUUGCUCACCUUUAAUCAUAGCCCAUCUUAGAUCAAUCUCUCCUUUUUCAUCUUUUUUCUCUCCUCACUCAUUAUUGUUCAAAAAAAGAGAGAUAAAGAGCCUAUGUGCUAUUGAUUUCUUCAUCAUUAGCAAGAGAAAAAGGAAUUGAAUUAAACUGAAUUUUAGUUUUCUGAGAUAAUGGCCAGCACCUUUUGCUUUCUUGUUGUAGCAACACUCAUUAUGUGCAUAUUCAUUGCAAAAACACCUUUAGCAGUGUCACUGAAUGUGGAGAGGAAGUUGAUAUCAGCAACACCAGUAGAGUUUCUUGCAAAUCCUCCGGUGCCAGCGGCGUCUCCAUUCUCAGAGAUAUCACCAGAUAUUGCACCUCUCUUGCCUUCUUCUGGUGGUGUGGUGCCUCCAGUUUCUUCAAUACCAACUAUUCCUUCGAAUCCGAGUAAAAAUCCUGAUGAUGUGAUGUACCCUAUUGGCCCUGAUUCUGCUGCUCUUGCACCUUCUGCUUUUUCACCUGUUUCCUCUGCUGUUUGUUGUGUUUCUCUUGCAACAUAUCUGAACAUUGCAGUACUGCUGCUAGUAGUCAACUUAUUUUGUUCGAGUUAGACAUCUGGUAUUCGAAAUACACUGAUUCAAUUGGAGGGGGUAUGAGCGCUCCCUACCAAAGUAGUCGGCUUAAUUAUUUGUUAUUUGAGAAGUUGUAUAAUAUCAUCAACUGCGUUGUUCAGCACUAUAACAUGCUGUUUCAAUCUUGUAUAAGUUGAUUCAGUCUGAAAUUCAUUUCUUUUACAAGGGAUAAAUGACACUAGUAUAAGUUCUUUUA